UGAAAGAAUCGAGAAGCAGUUACGUGUCUCGUAUUUCCCGUUUCUGGAAUAUUUAAUUGAAAGAUUGAUCUUGUCUAUUUUCUGGAAUCGUCGGCUUUUAUUUGCUUCACUGGUUAAUUUGUCGAAAGAAGGUGUUUGACUUGUCCGUUUGUUUCACUGUUCAAACCAGACAAAGGAAAAGAUUUAGUCUCAAUUCCAGCAAUGGAUGCCGAAGAAUUCUGUGUGCGGUGGAAUAACCAUCACCAUGUUUUAGUUAGUGUCCUUGACAAAUUAUUGGAGAAGGAAUCUAUGUGUGAUGUGACUCUUUCCGCUGACCAUCAAUUUGUUAGAGUUCACCGACUAGUAUUGUGUGCUUGCAGCAACUACUUUGAGGAAAUGCUGAGCAAGCAAGUCGACAAACAGGCAUUCAUAUUCUUAAAAGAUGUCAGUUUCCCAAAUCUCAGGGCACUGGUUGAUUACAUGUAUAAAGGAGAAGUAAAUGUUGCCCAGGAACAACUUGUUAGUUUUUUGCAAACAGCUGAAGCCCUUGAUAUCAAAGGAUUGGCAUACAAAGAAGGUGACCAGUCUAAAUUCAAAUCUGGUCAAAAUGCAAGGACUAAUGCUGCCAAGAGAACAUUAAGUGAAUCAACAUCAACUCCGUCAGUUGUAUCGACUCCCAGCAAUUCUCAACGACCCGAAAAUGACAACAUUUCACACACUCCUUCUCAGAACCAAUCAUCCUCUAGACCAAAACCGCCUCCUCCCAUGAAAGCUCAUGUGGUACCAUCGGAAUCUCCUACACAUCCAGCGAACACAGACUUAGAUGACCACUUUGUUGUAGUCGAUACGAAAAUGGAAUCGGAAUUAGAAUCUGACCACAUAGAAGACCAAAUAGAUAAUAACGGACCAGAAUCAUCACGGGACUGUGACGACGACUGGAGCACAUCUGACAACGGCAUGAUAUCCAUUGUACCCAACUCGACCCGCGAUAUUACCUUUGGCCCCUCUACAUCAGACACGCGAAUGGGAGACAAUGUUGCCGGACCCUCAGGAACACAACCCAAGGCUAACAAUUCAUCUAGCGGCGCAGCAUCUCGAGGGGAAUGCAUCCGGACAGAAGAGAAGAAGCAAUGGAGCGAACCAUGGCAUACCAACGGGAGGCGCCUAAAAUUGCCAGCGGCCCUUCCCUCCCCGAUCAGGACAAUCCAGUGCCGGCGGUGCGCUCGGUGGUGACUCUACGCUAACGGCCGCCUCUCUCAUCGACGCCAUAAUCACCCAUUGAAUCAAUCAGUCUUCGAAUCCUAACGAUAUGGUUGACACCAAUUCCAAAACCAGCAACGACAGCUUCUACAAUCGGUUUAGGAGGAACGCUAGUCCUGUCGAUACACGUGGAACGAGUUUUGAUCAUCCCCUUGCUGGACACAAGGGACAACAGCGCCAUGAAGACGCACUUCCGCCGCAAAAACGGCCUCCUUCGUCGUCUCCUUCAGUUUCAAUCUAGCAGCUGAAUUCUAAAACAAAGAUACACCCCUCCCCCAUCAUCAUCCAACAUCGUCUCUACUCCUUUGCCUGUUAACUUUAUGUGGUUCGUUUAUCAUCAUGUUGUCUUUGAAUUGGCUGAUUCUUUCUCGAAUCAUCCGCAACCUUUCCGAUAAGGUGUUGACUCGUUUUUUUUUGUUUCUACUUGCCCAUAUUUUUUUUUUGUAUGUAUGUGUGUUUUUGAAUGACUUUUGAAAGUCUGUAUGUGUGUGCAUGCGUGUACCGCAAAGCGUUUUGUCAUUGAUAACUGGAAGAAAAAGGAAUCUUGGAUGUACAUUAUGUGUGUAUAUUCUGUUGGAUUUGGGACACAGGAGUGAAUCGGUUCCAAUACAUGACCGACAUUUUUUACGUGA